AUGACCCUUUCUUUCUCUGAAGAAGAUGCCCAGGGGGUAAUGCAGCCGCAUGAUGAUCCGAUAGUCGUAACAGUGACAGUAGCCAACCAUAUGAUCCACAGAAUAUUGGUGGACAAUGGAAGGUCGGCCGAUGUGCUGUACUGGCCAGUUUUUAAGCAAAUGGGUAGUGAUCGGGAUAGGAUCACACCAUUUAGCUCUCCCCUGGUUGGAUUUACAGGAGAGCAGGUCCAGCCAAUUGGUCUUAUUUCACUCCCUUUCCCGACGAAAGAAAGAGUCGGAAAAGUGAAGGGGGAUCAGACCCAGGCGAGAAGAUAUUACAAUACGUCUCUCAAGAGGGUCUCAAAUCCGACUCCUAUUGUAAUUGGUACAGUAGGUGAUAAUAACAAGAAGGACCCAAAAGGAGAGCCAGCUGAACCUUUGGAGAAUGAGGUAGUAAGUGAAGACAAGACUUUGAAGAUUGGGACACAGCUUAGUCCCAGAAUCCGAGACGACCUCAUCAUCUUCUUAAGAGGGAAUUUAGAAGUUUUUGCAUGGACUCAUGAAAAUAUGCCAGGAAUUGAUCCUGAAGACAUUCUCCACCAACUAAAUGUGGAUCCAAGUGUGAAACCGGUGAAGCAAAAAAGAAGAAAAUUCGCUCUUGAACGGAAUGUGGCCAUAGCAGAAGAAGUGGAGAAGCUUCUCAAGGCUCGUUUCAUCGAAGAAGUAUAUUAUCCCGAUUGUUUUCCAUUACCUCGCAUUGAUGCAUUGAUGGACUCAACAGCUGGAUAUGGCUUACUUAGCUUCAUGGACGCCUUCUCUGGUUAUAACCAGAUAUACAUGCAUCCAGAAGACCGUGAGAAAACCGCGUUCAUAACGGACCGAGGCCUGUAUGGUUAUAAAGUCAUGCCCUUCGGUUUGAAGAACGCGGGGCAACAUACCAGAGGCUGGUAA